GUUUUAAUUAUGGAUAAAACGUAUGUAAUUGUUUCAUUUGAUGAUGGCGUUGAAGUAGUGCGAAAAGAUUGGGUCCUUUAUGACGAGAACCGAGAAAUAAUUUCAAGUUAUUUUCCAUCAAAUGUAACUGCUAUUCAACUUCGCAAACUAUUAUUGAAUUCAAAAAAUUCCACUACGUUUGAUAAGAAAGCAUGGUCUGAUAAAGAUGGAAACCCGUAUCUUGUACGCAAAGUACAUGGUUUUGACAAUAACCUCGAUAAAGCAAAUAAAAGGGUUGAUUUGCAAAUUAAAUUAUCCGAAAUUAGCAGUGACGACGAUACAAAUAUGGAGAAAUUGAAAAGAAGCAGACACUCCAGGUGUAUGAAGAAAGGAGAUGAUGAUGCUGCAGACGGCACGAAAAUUCAAAAGCUAAACCCUUUCACGGAUUUCAAAAAUUCACUGUUAAAACCAACUGUAAGUGGAUCAUCAGUUAGCUCAGGAUUAGAAAAACGCACUAAAACUGUCACAGAUGACAGUAACGAAGAGAAAUUGUCCGGUGAUGAUGCAAUUGAGCAAUCAAAAAUGCCAAAUCAAUUAGAUCGUUCAAACCGAUCUGGAAAGAAUGUUUUACAAACAUGUUUGGAUGAAUUUAAUUCUUUCAAUGAAUCGAGACAGAUCAACGCUCGUAAUAAUCUUUCCGAGAAUUUGGAUGCUUCUGGUACAUCUAAAUCACGAAGCAAGAAAACAGAUGCGAUUGACUCAAGACUGCUGUUAAAUUCAUUAAAUGAGUUAAAGAUGAUGAUAAAAGCUAUAUCUACCAAUGAAGAAGGAACUUCAAACAAUUGUGCAAAUUUUGAUUCCGAUGACAAUGACUUGUCAAUAUUUCCUGCAAAAACUAAAGAAGAAGUUGAGAAUAUUGAAAAUAAACUCAAGUCAUCAAAAACUUUUCUUCAAAAAGUGGUUUGUACCUCUUAUAAACACUGAUUCACUGCAUAAUUUUAAAUAUGAAUACAGAUAUUCAAUACAUAAUUUAUUUGUAAAAUAAUAAAUAUUUUUUUAAAUUGGAGCUGUUGCUAAGUUAGGAUUCAAUUGUAAUAUAUUUAUAACUGUACGAGGCAUGAUGAAUCAACUUUUAACUUAUGAUGUUGGACAAAACUAUAGCUUCACAGGAAGAUCAAAUAAAAAAGAAGCAUUUAACAAGUUAA